AUGGCGGAAAUCGCAGUGAUUGGGUCCUGCAUGGUGGACCUCAUCGCUUACACCGAGAGCAUCCCCAAGGCCGGCGAGACGCUGGUGGCCAAGGACUUUGCCAUGGGCUGCGGCGGCAAAGGCGCCAACCAGGCGGUGGCCGCGUCUCGGCUCGGGGCUCCGGUGCUGAUGAUGGCCCGCGUCGGCGACGACGCCUUCGCUGACAACACGCUGGCGAACUUCGAGAAGAACGGCGUAAGCACCGAAUUCGUGGCCAAGGUGCCCGGCGUGUCCAGCGGCGUUGCGCCGAUUUGGGUCGAUGCGGACUCGCAGAAUCGCAUCCUGAUCAUUCCUGGGGCGAACAUGCACCUGAGGCCGGCGGACAUUGCCGCGGCCGGCGAGCGUCUGUCGAAGUGCGCAAUGAUCAUCCUCCAGCUCGAGAUAUCCCUGGACACAGUCUAUGCUGCGAUCGAUUUCGGUAAUGAGCAUGGCAUCCCCGUGCUCCUCAAUCCGGCGCCGGCAAGCAAGGACCUGGACAUCGACCAUGCAUGCCGCUGCGACUUCUUCGUGCCCAAUGAAACCGAACUCGAAAUCCUCACCGGCAUGCCUGUCGGCAACGACGACGAAAUUGCAGCAGCCGCAUCCUCGCUGCUGGCCCGUGGCCUGAAGAACCUGAUCGUAACCCUAGGCGACAAGGGCGCCCUGUGGAUGCACGGCGACGAGCGCCAGCACAUCGCCGCGCCCAGCGUGGCGGCGGUUGACACCACCGGUGCAGGCGAUGCCUUCAUCGGCUGUUUCGCGGCGCAGAUGGGCAAGGGCGUGAGCAUUGAGGCCGCCAUCGGCGAGGCCAUCCAGUACGCGUCCCACAGCGUGACCGGGAAGGGUACGCAGACUUCCUAUGCCACGGCCGAGGAGUUUGCUGCCUUCAAGGGCUGA